UGAAUUUAUGGCAGCAGAGAUUGAGAAUAGCAAGCUGAAGGUGGCAUACCAAUUAUCAAGCAGUGUUAACCCAGCUGUUGCUAUUUCAAAUUUUAGUGUCCCUAAAAACAUCUGGUCAACUGUUUCCAUUAUAAGAGUUGGGAAUGCAAUUGAUAUUGAUGUGCAGAAUGCUGGGGCUGAGAAAUUUGCCAUGGGUAAAGCAUCAAUAUUAAACCUAGCUAAUGGAGCUGAGUUCUACUUUGGAGGUGUACCAAACAGCUACAAGGGUCUACCAGACAUAUUAAAUCGAAAGUCUUUUGAGGGAGGUUUACAAAGCUUUACUUACAAUCAUAAAUAUAUUUCCCUAUGGAACUUUGAGGAGGCAAGUGGCGUUAAUGCAAGUAAUGGCAAAGAAACAAGACCUGAUAAAAAAGAAGCAACGUUUAGUGGCAAGACCUAUGUUCUGUUUGAGUUUGAGUCAUCUGAUAACCUCGUCAAAAUUGAACUUACAUUUACAAGCUAUUCACAAAAUGCUCUCUUGUUUUACAUCGGUGGUCAAGACAUGUUCAUUGCACUUAGCAUAAGGGAUGGUAAAGUUGUGAUGCAGUGCUCAAGUGCGCAAGGUAUCAUUGAAGUUGAAAGUAAAGAAAAACAAAACGUUGGCACUUCAAGGUCUGUUAAAGCCAUACUUAGCACUACUAAGGCUACUUUAAUAAUUGGGCAUAUUACAGAAUCUAAGACUGCAGAUAUUGGUGAUUUCCAUUUGGAAAAGCAGUAUUUCAUUGGAGGAGUACGAAAUCCUGACGAUGUUUCCCAUCCCAAUGUGACUACAGAGGGUUUCAUAGGGUGCAUAACAAAUGUCCAUAUCGGAGGUAAAAGUGUCAGCUUCUCAUCACCGCGUGUGAUCGCUUACGGUGAAGGUCUAAGUUUAGGUUGUGAAGACAAGCCAAUUUAUCAGCUGAGUCUACUUAAACCUGGCUACGUACAAAUGCCCUUGCAAGAAGAGUUGGCCACAGAAUUCUCACUGAUGCUGUCAUUUCGAACCAUAAAAUCAAAUGGCACACUCUUCACUAUUUCGUUCAAUGAGGUAAGACAGCAACAAGAUAGAAAGCUAUGCAGACUUCUCUAGUUUGUAAAUGUAUUUCUGAAAUUAUGUCUUCAAAUUUCUAUAUAUAUAUGUUGAAGCCUGCGGUACACCACGUAAGUAGUUCUGAAAAGAACUGUUGUUGUUGAGAAAGUCUCAACGUUUCGAU